AGUUUAGACCACAAACUUGUUCAAAAGGUACGUGUCAUUCUUUUUUAUGAGUUCAUGCAAUAGUUGUUCUUCAAACUUCAUAGUCGUUUUACUGUGUUAAGCUUACGGAAACCAACUCCGAACAGGCGUGUAUGUCGUGCUUGGGAGCUUUUGUGAUUGUUAAAUCUGGUUCAGUAAACUAUAAAAAUUUUUCUAUAUUACAGUAGAGUUUACAUUAGAUCAAGCCCUUUUCUCUUAAUAGGGUUAGUGCAUUUCUGCAAAAGUAAUAGCUGGCUUAUAUUUCACAAUGCAAUUCAAGUCAAAACUCCAUGCGACAACCUACUAACAUCAAGAUUAUAAACCAACUCUGGUUUUUCUAACAGUGAUACUUAACUACGAAAACUACUUCAGGGUAAUGAAAUAAUAUAAGACUUACAUAUAUUUUUUUUCAUGGACAGUGUACUUCAAUAAAAAUAUCUGUACCAGACUUUGAUGGGCAUAUUACUGAAGAAAGUACAUAAGCUUAUUUGAACAGGAUUCAGUGCAGUUUAUCAAGCAAAGAAGUGUGGUUAUUUGAAGACUUCGGAUGUUUUACAGACGUGAGUAUCUCUUUCUAUUGAUUUUUCUGGGUUCUAUACGUAAUGGGGCUCAGGGUGCAUAAUUUUUAAAAUAUUCCAUUGAUUUUUGUGCCACCACAGUGGCAGCUAGGUAUGUUUCAACAUUUAAUAAUAAUCAUUCAAACAUACCGAGCUGUCCCUUCCUUAUUGUGACUGUACAAUAACUUUAAAAAUAGCCUGCGUAGCAAGCUUUUCCGAGCGAGUUUUCUGCAAGAGACUAAGUUUGUAGAGGGCAAAAAAAGAGGAAGGAGGGGCCGGGAGGGGCUAACUCGCGCAAUAACUCUAUUGGAAACGCUUGUUAUGUAGGCUAGGUAUAAUAUAAAGUGUUUCUUUAAUUUAAUUUUAAGCUUUGGGCAUGGAGGGAAAUUUUCAUUGAAUUUUCCUGGACUUAAUUAAGUGAUAAUAAGGCUCGAUUCAAACGUCAAAUUUCACAAAUGACGAACUUAAUGACAAUGCAUGUACACGAGAUGUAAUGUUCCCAUUCAAAAGAAUUAGGUUCGCUACACAUUUUUAACCGGGUCUUUAAGAGGCAGUCUCCCUAAAAGCGGUCCACUCGAUUUCGCGACAAAAAAUACUUUUGCUUUAUUUUUUGUCGGUGAAGAGGCUUUAGUAGGUGUAUACUAAAAUCGCUAUUUUUGUUUUCAAAUUCUUAUUCUUAGCUCUGCUACAAGCCAAAAACGAAUUGAGUCCGUCUCGGCUUCUCAGAGAGUGUUUCGAAGACUAAAAUUGAUGGAUUUUGAAAAGCGCGUUGCAAACAACCGAAUGCCCGCACAAAAAAUCUGUUCGAUUCAGUUUUUUUAGUUAACCUUCGAUAGUUCACAGGCUAAAUGAAAAUAUCUUUGAUCAAAACGUGUUCAAGUUACAGUGGUUCAAAGAAUAAACUAUUUUGCAGGCUUGAUCGAAACCUUGAAAGUAAGGAAGAUUUGAGGCAAAAUAUCUCAAAAGUUGCGGCCUAAAUCUGGUUUAAAAAUCAUAUCAAAGUAAAGUUUUAAGCUUAUUUUUUUGGUUUAUAGGCUCAGACUUGCGGGUAUCUUCUGGGAUUGCAACCAACAGUAGAUUAUAAUCUGCCUUUUUGCGUAUUUGCAUAAUUACAGGCCGUGUCAGAUGUCAUGAUUGUACAGGUUAAAAGUUCCAUAAAAUUGCCUCUUUUGACACUUGAAUUCGUCUCCGGCCUCUAAAAGAAAGUAAUUAAGCUUCUUUAAGUACUUUUGAAUCGAAAGAGAUAUACUAACAGGGAUGGUCAUGCAUGUUACUGAUUACCACGAUCAACUGGCGAGCGCCAUCGUCUUGUAACUACCUGCACUGAACAGUAAACAAUGUUUUUAAUAGAAUUCUCUAGAUCAGAAGUUGAUCCAAGCUCUCUAAGUAAUAAAAAUAAAUAUCACUAUCCCGGGAUACAAAACAUGCACAAGAAAGGCAACGUAGAAUUUUAAGUUCUUUCCGCAAUUUCAGAGUGAAUUUCUCCGCGGUGCAUAUAAAAGUCCAUGAAUUAUUGUAAUAAUCAGGCUGUUUAAAAACGUUUGACGCACAACAAAAACAAUUAGUCAUUUACCGUUUUAUCUGUUCUCGGUAAAUAAGACGCUUACCUUUACUUUAGAUUCUUGAUGGAAGAAGUCUAUCCAGGCAGCUGAAGUUAGGCAGUUUCGUUUCAAAAUCAAAUCACAGCGUGAUAGUGUCACGUAAUGUUAUGGUCACGUGGCUACGUAACCCGUCGGUGGCCAAAAUCUUUGUGAUAAACGAAAUUUCUGUUUCUCUCCAGAAAAAAAAAGUCCUAAUUGAAUGAGUUUUUCCUCCUUAAAUUGCACAAAAUGCGUAUCACACCAAGAAAUUUGUAUUGGUAAUGAAUCAUUUUCUACGGCAUGGUACCACUGGCCUUAUUAAUCCUCGCCCAUGCGUUUUUUUUUUAUCAACUUAGAAUGUCCCAUAUAAGAGGCCAAAAUAGUUAGUACGACAAAAACGUUUCCAAAGAACGGAUGUAAUAGUCUUUAAAAAUGCAGCUACAGGGAGUCUUGUAGUUUCCAUGUAGAGUAUUUUAAUGUGACGUCUUGUUGACAUCCGGGUUAGGUGAUUUUGACGUUCUAAAGGAGAUAGGUCUGGCCGGGAGUUUUGGGUUUUCAGGUGUCUGGGCUCAAUUUUGUUCAGGUUUUCGGAAUUUUAGGGCCAAAUAAAAUAAAUAGAUAAAUGAUCUUUAAUCACAGGUUGACAAGGUCCAGACUCAAAACAGUUCGUUCGCACAAGGUUCGAGGCAGGGGGGGGGGAGUUGCCCAGGAAAUUGGUGCAAUGGACCUUGCGGCUAUCUGCGUCGCUGUCUUACGUUCCGUCCUAGAGUACAAUGUUGCGUGGCUUGAUAUAACGCCCUUCCUGCCCAUCUGCCUAGUACAAUAGAGCGGGUCCAAAUGCGAGCUUUAAGGAUAAUAUACCUUCGGAAGCUUUACAGUUUGCUAGAGUCGUUAGAGUUGAGGACAGGCGCAGUGGGCUCUGUAUGGGCAUUGUAAACAAAGGCAGGACCUUGUCAGAACACAUAGCCUGCGUAGCAGGCCCUUGAAGGUAGUGGGUGCAAAAAGAACGGGCGCGCGAGAGAGACACACGGAGACACCCGUUCUUUCUUGCGUCCACUACUUUUUCAAGGGCCUGCUACGCAGGCUAAGAACACUAUAGAAAUGGCGUCUCUGGGGAGCAUGCCGCCUUUAACCCGCCCGUACGGGCUCGCUCCUUGUCUUUGGACGCUGAUACUAGAUUCUGGGAUAAAUAAAAAAGCCGGGUUGGACGGUCUGUCUCAGUCCUGAAAUACCUUAUUUAGGUAUAUAGUAUUCUUUUUCAAGGUAAUUUCAGGCAUUCGGUAUCAAACUUUUUACAAAUCUUUAGCUAUAUUGGUAUCUUAUGAGGACACAAGCGGGUAUAUUGGUAUCCCACCGUCCCCCACCCUCACCCCUCCUAUGCGGGCCGGGCCUGAAAAUAUGGAAGGGCGGAGUCCAUGCCGUGAAAAUAAUGAUUCAUUACCAAUACAAAUUCCUUGGUGUGAUAUGCAUUUUGUGCAACUUAAAGAGGAAAAACUCAUUCAAUUAGGGCUUUCGGGAGAGAAGCAGAAAGUUCGUUUAUCACAAAGAUAUUGGAGCACGACGGGUUACGUAGCCACGUGACCAUAACAUUACGUGACACUAUCACGCUGUGAUUUGAUUUUGAAACGAAACUGCCUAACUUCAGCUGCCUGGAUAGACUUCUUCCAUCAAGAAUCUAAAGUAAAGGUAAGCGUCUUAUUUACCGAGAACAGAUAAAACGGUAAAUGACUAAUUGUUUUUGUUGUGCGUCAAACGUUUUUAAACAGCCUGAUUAUUACAAUAAUUCAUGGACUUUUAUAUGCACCGCGGAGAAAUUCACUCUGAAAUUGCGGAAAGAACUUAAAAUUCUACGUUGCCUUUCUUGUGCAUGUUUUGUAUCCCGGGAUAGUGAUAUUUAUUUUUAUUACUUAGAGAGCUUGGAUCAACUUCUGAUCUAGAGAAUUCUAUUAAAAACAUUGUUUACUGUUCAGUGCAGGUAGUUACAAGACGAUGGCGCUCGCCAGUUGAUCGUGGUAAUCAGUAACAUGCAUGACCAUCCCUGUUAGUAUAUCUCUUUCGAUUCAAAAGUACUUAAAGAAGCUUAAUUACUUUCUUUUAGAGGCCGGAGACGAAUUCAAGUGUCAAAAGAGGCAAUUUUAUGGAACUUUUAACCUGUACAAUCAUGACAUCUGACACGGCCUGUAAUUAUGCAAAUACGCAAAAAGGCAGAUUAUAAUCUACUGUUGGUUGCAAUCCCAGAAGAUACCCGCAAGUCUGAGCCUAUAAACCAAAAAAAUAAGCUUAAAACUUUACUUUGAUAUGAUUUUUAAACCAGAUUUAGGCCGCAACUUUUGAGAUAUUUUGCCUCAAAUCUUCCUUACUUUCAAGGUUUCGAUCAAGCCUGCAAAAUAGGUAUUCUUUGAACCACUGUAACUUGAACACGUUUUGAUCAAAGAUAUUUUUAUUUAGCCUGUGAACUAUCGAAGGUUAACUAAAAAAACUGAAUCGAACAGAUUUUUUGUGCGGGCAUUCGGUUGUUUGCAACGCGCUUUUCAAAAUCCAUCAAUUUUAGUCUUCGAAACACUCUCUGAGAAGCCGAGACGGACUCAAUUCGUUUUUGGCUUGUAGCAGAGCUAAGAAUAAGAAUUUGAAAACAAAAAUAGCGAUUUUAGUAUACACCUACUAAAGCCUCUUCACCGACAAAAAAUGAAGCAAAAGUAUUUUUUGUCGCGAAAUCGAGUGGACCGCUUUUAGGGAGACUGCCUCUUAAGUUUUGAUAAAGGUAAAGGGAAAGGGGAAUUUUCUGCAGGAAAGGAGCGAUAGUAAAAAGGGAGUGGGGCCGAAAAAUGUAUUUGAAACACUACGACUGAAUUUUUUAUCUCCAAUUGCUAUAUUCUUUUACAAUUAUUUCACAGAUAAAGAAACAAGGCAAAGUGAUAAGUCUCCAGUGGAACGAAACACACAACAGAGGAAGAUUGAAGUUAGAUACAUAGCGUUUGUCUUUCACUUACAUCAAGAAUCAAAAGCACUCUAG